AUUAAACCAGAAUUUACAAAAUCUCAGCUUUACAUAUACAGUGAAUUAAUUAAUUAACUAUUUCAUUGUUGUCAAGUUGGUCAAUUGAUAAAGAUAACAAAACUAUGUGUAGUUUGUUUAUUUUUUUCAUAUUCUAUUUUGAUCUUCCCGCUGCUGAUUAACUGAGUGAUUGGAUUGAGAUGUUUAGCCUCUUUUGCUAUGUCAGCUCUUUGUGUGGAUCCUUCGACGAUGUCUGAAGAUUAACUUGGAGUAAUUAGGCGGAUGAUGAUGGUAACUAGCACUGGAAUCUAGGAGGGGUUUGGCUGUCAGUGGGAACACUACUAUCCACCCAUUGGGGAGUGCGAGUGCAUCUAGCGGACAAGUCCCAAAUACGGGGGGAGGCGCGGGAAUACGCAUCCUGGAUUUUACCACUGCUCUAGUCACCAUCCACCAAAUUAAGUCAAUGCUGUAUGUGUGGAUUGUUGGAUUUGGUAAGGGUAUGAAUUUAUAGAAACACCAAGUGUGUUAACCUAACGAAAUUGCCUAUCGUAUAUGUGUUAAUUUUGCCACUUCACCUGGGGGGUGCUGGAACCAGGUGGAAUUUUGUCUUAGUCCAUCAUUCUCAUUCAGGUAAUUUGGAUUCCAUUAAACAUGAAGUGAUUCUGAGGAUAUUAGAUGUUCUUGGUGAUUCCUGAAAUUUUUCUAGAUGAUUUGAGUAUUGUCAAAAUUAAUUUUGUGACCUGAUUCUUUAGUGUGUGUGUGUGUAUAGAACUAUAGUUGAUGAUUUUUCUAGUCCAACUGGAUUUCUUGGUGGUGGCCUGGAUGAGACAGCCUCUAUGGUGUUCAUUUCUUCUGAUCCCGAUUUCUCGCGAUGUUUUUUCUGUACAUAUAUAUAUAUAUAUAUGUCGCGUUUUAAACAUUAUAUUUUAUAAACACGAUCAGAUUGUGGAUCCUUCGUAAUUCAGUCUUUUAUUGAAUGGACAAGUUUGCUUUUUAGUGUUUCUGAUGUUGUGUCUAUUGAGUACUCUUCUGAUAUUGUCUGACGUGUCUGAUCUAUAAAGAAUAUGACAACUACGAUGGUCCAUGUCUUCGGAAUACGUUUUCAACCUUGUUUAAUGUUGGUGUUGAUUUCGAUAAUGAACUUUACUUGGGCAGUUAUUUUUCUUGAGAAUUUCAGUAAUAUUUGAUAUUUCCUUUUCAUCUGUUACCAACGUAAAAAUGACCUCAUUUUGAGUUGGAUGGUGGUUUACUUACAAAGCUUUCAUUGCCUUACUACUAGGCAACAUCCUUGGCGCUUAUUCUUAUUUGAAGUUAGCUUUUGAAAUUUCUCCACAAGUGUCAUUGAUCAUCUCUCCUUGUAACCUUGAACGUGAUUGGUUGAUUUUGUGUUUUCUCAUCCUCUAGUCUAUUUUUUAUUCGUAUUGAUUAUUUCCUUGACUUGAAUUUUUUUACUUUUGUUUAUGCGAUUUCCUUCUUAUGAAUUCGUAAAUCUUGUCUAUGUCAAUGUGCCUAUUCAUUGUUGAUGAAUUCAUUUGAAUAUCAGGCUUUCAAAAAUUGGAUGAUGGCGGUUUUAGUGUUUCGUGUGCCUGAUUUUUGAACAUUGUCCGUGGGUUGUCUGUAUACAGUGUGAUAUGAGGGAGUGGUUAUGGUGUCUUUUGACAGCCGGAGUUUGGGUUUGAAGACAAAAAAAAGGGUGUCCGUCCCCUUUUCAACAAUGUAGUGUUUUCCCUAGUCGCUACAACUUAUUUUGUAAAUGAUGUGUUGGUUUUAUCUUCUUUCUCUGCUGCGUUUUUUGGUUAACCGAUAGAGUCGAGUGAAGUGAUUUUGUUGGUUUGUAUGCGCGACAUCAAUGUCAAUAUGGUUUGAAUAGUCUUUUCGUGAUCUCUCAGAUGUUCUUUGUAUGUAAUAAGGUGAUUUUCCUUGCGUUUUCAUUUUGAGAGGUGGGGCUUUGAUUUGGUUGAAGUAUACGCUGAAGGGUGAUAUUGCCUAGUAGUAGUGGUAAGGCAAUGAAAGCUUCGCGAGUAAAACCUUUCAGCUAAGAGAACACAAUGCGACGCCAAAAUCAUCCACCUGAGCUACAAAUCUUGUCCACUCUAUCUACUGUAAAUUGAUAGUUUGUAAAUUCUGGUUUAUUAUAAUAUUACUAGCAUUAGCUGCAUUAAAUAGCGAAACGUCAGUCGGAUCAACAAUGUCGUUUUCUUUCUUUUCAUUGAUUGAGAAAUACAAAAGCUUUUAAAAUAUAAUAACAACUUGAGCUUUUUCAUCUUUUAGUUUAUUGUACUACAACAAUGCCAGUUCUUGAAGAAGACAGCCAAGUUAAUAAUAAUAGUAGUAGUAAACUGGAUACUUCACUAGUGAAAAAAGCGGAAUGUAAUUUACGCAAACUAUUGUUAGAGGAUACAUUUGAUGUUGCACCAACUGGUCUAACAUUCUGUUUCGACCGUGAAUUAUUUCUAAAUGAUGAUUUUAAUUCCGAUGAUUUUAUAUUAGAACAACAUUGUCGUGGUAUAUCACUGGAAAGAUUACGUGAUGAUCUUUUACAAUAUUCCAAUAUUCUUAAGUCUAGUUUAAUUGAAUUAAUCAAUCAAGAUUAUGCUGAUUUUGUAAGUUUAUCGACAAAUCUUGUUGGAUUAGACAAAUCAAUCAAUACUAUAGCUAAACCAUUGAAACAAUUACAAGCAUAUAUAUCAUCUGUUCUAAAAGAAUUGGAAUCUGUUGAUCAAGAAUUAUCCACCAAGUUGAAGUCUCUUCAGCAAAUCAAAAACGAGAAGGAUUUCGCAAACAGUUUAUUUACCUUAGAUACAUGUGUAUCACGAUUGGAGCGUUGGUUAACUCAACCAAAUCAACAAAUAGCUAAUAAAAAACCAACUAAUGAUAGUAAAAAUAAUGACAAUGAUAAUAAUAGUAAUCAAUUACUGAAUAAACAGAAUAAUAAUGAAAAAGCAUCAAUCAAUGCAAAUAAUGAUGAAUCAAUAGAUGAUGAAUGGCCAGCUGAAUUCUAUGCCGAUUGUUCUUUACAUGAAGAUACUGGACAACGUAUGGAUCGUGUUGCUAAUGAAUAUAUUAAACUUCAAUUUUUUGUUAAAAAAUGUCGUGAUCAUCCAAUUCUGAAUUCUUUAAAAUCGCGUAUUCACUGGAUAACAGUCAAUUUACAAGAACAAUUAGAAACACGUUUAAAAGAAGGCUUUGAAACAUGCGGUUUUAUUACAACUACAAAAAGCUCUACAGUAUCAAGACGUUCUGUUGAACAGUUGAGACAAGUCAUAUCUAUUUAUUUGGCUAUUGAUAAACUGUCCGAUUUAAUGUUACUCUAUCGUAGAUAUGUUCUACAUGACAAGCUUAGUCAGAUCUUCAUCCCUCGACCUGAACUAACUCAUGCAGGCGCUGAUAUCCAAUUGGCUGUUGACACAUUGAAUACAAUGUAUACAAAUGCACUGGAGAUUCUUGAUUCACAACUUUGUCUUGUUAAAGAGCAUAUUAUCAGAUGUUCAGUAGAAAGUUCUGAACCUCUUUGUGAUUUCGACUGUUUAGUCGAAGGAUUUUGGCCAGAAACAAUUGAUUUAAUUUGUGAAAAUUUACCAGAAAUAUUUUCUCCUGGUCAUCCAGACAGAUUUUAUUCACUGUAUUCUGUAAGUAUGCAUUUUGUUGAAUCAGUAGAAGCCAAGACUUGGUCGCAUAAACAACUUAAUGCAUUACGUAAUCAUGCAUCAUAUUCAACGUUCAUUAAUAAAUGGAGUUUACCUGUUUACUUUCAAAUAAGAUUUCAGGAAAUAGCUGCAAAUGUUGAAAAUAUUAUGAAAAAUGGUUUAAAAGAAAUAAAAAGUAGUGAAAGAUCAUGUUUACUUGAUGUAACUGAAACUGUCAUUGGUCAAAUUGAUCGUUGUUGGCAGAAAGGAAUCUAUGUGGAUAAAUUAAUGCAUAGAUUUUGGAAAUUAACUCUACAAAUAAUAAGUCGUUAUUCAAGUUUUAUUGAUGAACAAAUUAAAUCUGAGAAUGAGAACUCCACCCCCAAUUCUUCUUCUUCUCAAUUAUCACCGGAUACAUCCAUCAAUUCGUCUACAUCAUUACUACAAACAAAACCAUCAUCAUCAGCUACUGAAUGUUUUCCUGAGCAAUUCAUCUUUUUACUAGUUGAUUCCUAUCGAUUAGUUGAUUAUAUUCAUUUAGAAUUAAAAGAGAAAAUUUUCACCUGUCUUAAUCAUCGCUUAACAUCAUCAUCAUCAUCGUCGUCGUCACCAUUGUGUAGUGAAAGCGAAAUUUUCAGUUGUAAAACUAUGCUGACAGAAUGUUUAGAACAAUCAUGUGAACGUCUAACCAUAUCUAUUGAUCCAAUAAAUAAUCUUAUCAUAGAGAGAAUUCAGCAAAACUGUUCUGUCCAUAUUCGUCAAGUAUUAGAUAUACCACGUCAGUAUCGUUGGACUAAUCGAGAUUUUGCAACAACUUCAUCAUCUUAUGUAUCAAAUUUAGUGAAUCCUUUAAAAAAAUUCUCUGAUUUAGCAUCAAACUUAUCAAAAUCACUAACAAGUACUGAAGCCUGUUUAACUAAAUUACUACAACAGUGUGUCACAAAAAUUACUAAUGACUAUACAAUUCAGCUAUCCGAAGUGUCUACAUCAAUAAGAAAAAUGGAAGAUAGUUUACGUAGACUUAGAGAAGUUAGACGUGGAAGUGUACAAACACAAAAUGGAUUUCAGUCAGAUGAUAAAAUUCGUCAUCAAUUAUACUUGGAUGCUAAAGCUUAUAGUGAUGAGGUUAAAAAGUUAUGGAAUGUAAAUAAUACAGACUGUACAAAUGAAUUGGAUACUUUUAUAGAACAAAUAGACACUUCAAAAUAA